AUGUUGGCAGAAGGCAUCCUAACUGGAAUCAUAUACAAAGAAAGAAAACAGAACAUAGAUAAACCCCACAAAUGUCACAGAAAAGAUGAAAGGGAAACCUGGAAAGAUCACCUUAUAGAUACACCAGCAAUUAAAGAUUUUGCUUCAGAAUCUGAGAAGCAGAAUGAGAUCAUUGCAAAAGGUAGCAAAAUUGAAAAUAAUAAAGAGCUUCAAUGGAAAUCUAAAGAAGAGCUACCUGCAAAAGAACAUAAUGCACACGUUAAAGGAACAAUAUCUGAAGCUUUACAUAUACCAGGAAGAGAACAAAUUCAUGAAAACCAGGUGGAUUUGUAUAGAUCCUGGUCAUGCCACAAUAUUUAUCAAAACUAUCCUGACUUACAUAUUGGAGGAGACCAUGUAGGAGGUUAUAUGCGGGAUUCAGGUUGCAUUAUGGACCACAUAAGUGAUGAACUUGUUGAUGGCCCGGUUUUAUUGUCAGGAGAUAUUCUAUUGGGUCAUUCCCCUCAAAAUGAGCCUCUUGAAAAAACAGCUACAAAGUCCUUGAAUGGUGAUGAAGGUGGAGAAAGGAGUAUGACACUCCACAAGCAGCCUCUUUCGAAUUCUGUGCUGAAUAACUACAUGGAUACAAAGGUGGAAGAGCUCUAUAAACAGUUUUUUGACGAGAACCUGACCAGGUGUGGUUCUGUAACAAACCUCCUGACUUCCAGUUUGAUCAUGAAUAACCUAAAACAGAUAAACCUUCAGAUCUCCCAAGAACAGACUAUAGAAACAUGUAAAGCUAGAGAAGUGCUUUUACAUUCUCUAGCUUUGUUUAGUUUCCGCAAUGCUGCCAGUGGAAACAGCUCUGAAUUUAGCACUCCAAAUUUACAGUUCUCAAACUCACUAAGCAAGAGAAAGAGCUCCCAGGUACAGUUUACAUCAUGAUUGAACUGUUUGGUUACAGCA